AUGGUGCCCCAGCCUGGAUUUGCCCAUCCCUCCUCAUGGAGCAAAGGGCAGCAGGAGGGGGGCAGAGCAAGCUGGACUGGACCCCAAGAUCCCCGAGUUACCCUGGAGUUGGACAUCACCACAGCCAUGGUCCUGCCCUCUUCUGUGUGGGGGCUGCUGAGCUGCUAUUUUCUCUGCAGCUGGGCAGGGAGGGGUCCACGGCUGCUCCGUUCUCUGCCGGCUUUGUCUCCCCCAAUCAAGCCAGGAUCUGUGCCCAUGUGGGCAUCCCCGAAGAGGAUGGAGGCCGCCCUGGCCUUUUUCUACUCUGGAGAUGCCCAGCAACUGAUGGGGGCUAAUUGCAGCAAACGCUAUGUAGCCUGGGGAGCACGGAAAAGCCCGGGGAUCCCCCCACUUCUCCAGGGGGCAGCGGGCAUCCUGGUCCAGGCAGCCAAUUUCCUCAACAUGCUGCUGCAGGCCAAUGACAUCCGUGAGUCCAGCAUGGAGGAGGAUAUGGAAUGGUACCAGGCGCUGGUCCGAAGCUUGGCGGAGGGAGACCCACGUACAUACCGAGUCCUUCUGACCUUUAACCCUCCACCAGGGGGCAGCCACCUGCCACUGGCCCUGCAGGCCACCCGAAGUGGGGACGAGACCAUCCUUGAAGACUUGUCUCAGACUUCGAUGCAGGACCCGGGCCCCAAUGGAGCCCCAGACAUCCCUGCCCUGCAGAAGCGGAUCCUCACCAAUGACCUGCAAAGUCUGGGCAGCCCCAAGUGGUCUCGGGCUGAUGGCUUUGUGGGAAAUACACAGCAUGUGAGGCUGUCCAUUCCCUUCCUAGAUUGCCAGGAGGGCCAGCUUCGUCCUGGCUGGCUGGUCACACUCUCGGUCGCCUUCUAUGGACUCAAGCCAGACCUCAGCCCAGAGGCAAGGGGUCAGGUGCAGAUGGAUCUUGACCUGCAGAGUAUGGACAUCAAUCAGUGUGCCCGAGGCCCCGGCUGGUUCGCUAACACACACCUGUGUGAUCUCAACAGCACACAGUGCAUCCCUCUCAAGUCGCAGGGCUUUGUCCUUGGCCGGUACAUCUGCCGCUGCCGACCUGGCUUCUACACGGCAAACAUCUCUGGUGGCCCAGAUGAGCAUGUUGUGCAGUUCAGCUCCCCCCAAGGCAGCUCUGGGCGACUUCUGCAGUGUCUGCCAUGUGCGGAGGGCUGCACCAGCUGCGUGGAUGCCACACCGUGCCUGGUGGAGGAGGACCUGGCACUGCGGGCUGCUGUGCUGGCCUGUCAAUCCUGCUGCAUGCUGGCUGUCUUCCUGGGCAUGGUGCUGUCCUACCGCUGCCGCCAAAGCAAGAAGAUCCGGGCAGCUGGAGUGGUGCUGCUGGAAACCAUCCUUUUUGGAUCCUUGCUGCUCUAUUUCCCCGUCUUCAUCCUGUACUUCCAGCCCAGCGUGUUCCGCUGCAUUGCCCUCCGCUGGGUGCGACUGCUCGGCUUUGUGACCGUCUAUGGCUCCAUUACACUCAGGCUUCAUAGAGUGCUACAGCUGUUUCUGUCUCCAAUGGCCCAGCGGGGAACCCCCUUGAGCCGUGGGCGACUGGUGUGGCGCCUGGGGCUACUGCUUUUGCCCGUACUGGCCUUCCUGGCUGUGUGGACAGCGGGAGUCCUGGAGCGAGGCAGCCAGCACAUGUCCCUGAUCACCCGCGGCCACACGCCUGCUGGCCGUCACUUCUAUCUCUGUCACCAGGACCGCUGGGACUACAUUAUGGUGGUGGCCGAGGUUUCUCUCCUGUGCUGGGGCAGCUUCCUCUGCUAUGCUACCCGGGCAGUGCCCUCAGCUUUCCAUGAGCCACGCUACCUGGGUAUUGCCCUUCACAAUGAGCUGCUACUUUCCACAGCCUUCCACGCAGCCAGGUUUGCUUUGGGCCCCUCUCUGCACCCAGACUGGACCCUGCUCCUCUUCUUUCUGCACACCCAUAGCACUGUCACCACAACGCUGGCCCUGAUCUUCAUCCCCAAGCUCCGGAGGCCCAGGGCACCUUCCCGAGAGGAGAUGGUGGAUGAUGAACUGGAGGAUGAGCUGGACCUGCAGCGCUCAGGCUCCUACCUGGACAGCAGCCUUGCCUCGGCCUGGAGCGAGCGCAGCCUGGACCCUGGGGACAUCAAGGAUGAGCUGAAGAAGCUUUAUGCCCAGCUAGAGGUCCACAAGACCAAGGAAAUGGCCGCCAACAACCCGCACCUGCCCAAGAAGCAGCGCAGCUCACGCCAGGGCCUGGGCCGCUCCUUCAUGCGGUGCCUGGCCGAGUUCCCCCAGGCUCUGGCUCGGCAAUACUCUGGCUCUUCGAGCCACAGAAGCUUGCCUGGCUCGUCCUGCCGCCGGCUUCUCAGCUCCAGCCUCCAAGAGGCUGAGGGGUUCCCGGUCCUACACAAGUUCCCCGGCACCUAUAAGCAGGAGCCCGGCAGGGAGCAGGAGCCUGUCCUGCAGGACUCGCUACUGCGGAGGAAACUGGCCACAAAGGCCUCAAGACUGAGCAGGGAGUCGGCUGAGGGCCCCCCUGUGCUGGGUUUCCGCUCAGCCAGCGCCCACAAUCUGACUGUUUGCGAGAGGUCUCCCAGGGCCCGUCCUGCAUCCCUGCAGAAGUCGCUCAGCGUGGUGACAGGCAGCCAGGAAAAGGCGCUGCUGGUGGCUAGCCAGGCCCACCUUGAGGAGUUGUAUUGGCAGGCCAAAGAGCAAGAGAAGAGGCGGGUGGAAAGGGUUGGGGCCAGCCCGUCGAGGAGACCAUCAACAAGGAGGGUGGAGCCGGCCCAAAGGGCACCCCUGUCUGCCCCACCAACCCCUGCCAAGAGCUGCAGUGCAGACAGCCCGCAGAUCUUGGGGAAGCUUCCAGAAAACUCUGGGAAAAGACUGCCUUACCCCCACAUCCAGCACCAGGUCUCCAGACCCAGCUUAGGAGAGCCACAGAGGCUGUCCCCCUCUGCCACUUGGCUGAUACCUGGACCCUCCCAGAACCCAAGCUUACUCAUCUGCCCCUGGGAAAACGCAGAGCUGCCUGUCAAGAAAGAAAAGGUAGCUCGAGAAGAUACCCCGGAACAGGACCAAGAUACCCCCUCCCAUGGCCCUGCUAAGGCCAAGCUCUGGCGGGCCCUCUCUGUGGCAGUAGAGAGAAAGGUAGCUGCUGAGAAUGCUCAGGACCCUGAGGAUGGGCAGCUCCAGGGGGUCACUGAGGAUGGGGAUAGGGACAGACCCAAGAUCUCGAAAUCCCACAGCCUCAGGGGUCCAGUUCAGCUGGGCUCCAUGCACAGCCUGGGUCUGGCUCUCAAAGCGCUGACCCGCUCCCGGAGCACAUAUCGAGAUAAGAAGAGUGCGACGGACAGCCCCGAGUUGGUGGAGAGGGCCAGGGCCUUAGGCCAGGGUACACGGGUGUGCCCCAAAUCUCCCAGGCAAGGUCGGCCCAAAGGGGUGAGCAAGCAGGCAGCUGUGGUCCCCACGGACGAGGAAUCCCUGCAGAACCAACAGAAUGCUCACACCAGCCAGCGGCUCUGGCGCCAGCAGUUGAGUGGCGGGGACCAAGACAUGGGCCAGGGAGCUGGGGAUGGAAAAGGCCAGGGAAGGGUCAUCACAGCACCUUUGGGCUCCAGUCUAGAGAGAGCAAGUACCCAGCACAGCCUGGCUGAGAUAUGUCCCUGGGAAGUGCUGGAGGGGCCAGCACCACAGCAGCCCAAGGGUCAGAGCAAGGCUGACAUCUGCCCCUGGGAGGAGCAGGAAGAAGGUGCUGAGAGGGGUGCAGGCAGACGAGCUCCUGAGGACUCUCAGAAGGCAAAGGUGGGUAACCUGGGAAAGCCAGAGCCCCAUGGAGAUGUGGGUGCCCCAGCUUGGAAGGGGCCAGAGGGGCUACUCAUGGUUCCAGGGACUGUGUGUCCCUGGGACCACAUGGAUCUUGGGGACCUGUUUUCACAGCUCACCACAAAGGACCAUGAGAGAAGCCAGGGCAGGAUUAUAGCAGUGGGCAGUGAGGAGGCCAAGCAGGAGGGAUGGGGUGGGCAUUAUGCUGGUACCCCCAGCCUCCCCACUGCAAAAUUCUGGUUUGGGGGGGCUGGCGAAGGAGAAGGGGGGCAGCCAUCCCAGGAAGUUGGGAAGGAGCUUUUCCAGGAGCAGCAGAGAUACCCCAAGCCAGUCUCUUUGUGGGAAGGGCAAAGACUAGGGGGAGUCAUGGUGGCUGUUUAUCCACAGGAGAGAACAGACUUUCGAGGCCCCUUGGCAGUCCCUCCUGGGGGGUCUUUAGGGAGUCUGGGUGGGGGCAUUGCUGCACCAUGUCCCCAGGAGGCUGGGAAGGCAGAGCUAUGGCCCCGGGAGCUGGUAGACAAGGUGGCAACGGGGGAACAGCCAAGCCAGGGGGCAGCUACAGACUGUCCUAUGGACAGGGGGAGUUUUGGAGAAGUGGGGCAGCAAGUUGAGAAGCCAGGGCACAAAGCCCUUCUUCAGCAAGAGUCGGGACAUCCCUGCGAGACCACAGCCCCUGGGAGUUCCAGCCCAUGUCCAGACUAUGCAUGGGCCAGAGCUGGGGACCCACUGCCCCAUAAGCACAGAGCACUGCCUGAGAGCCCAGGGGAAGAUGACAGGAUCCCAGGGAAGGAAGUUGGCCCUGUCACAACAGAAACAGGUCCCUGUGCUAAAAAGGUCACAGCAAGGGAAGCCUGUACGUUGGGAGAAUUUCCAAAGGAGGAGGAGGAGAAAAUGCAGGGAACCCCAAGAGCUGAAGAAAACCCCAUUUGGGAGAAGUCUGCGGGAAGGCCCUUGGGCCCUGGCAGUGUCUCUCCAUUACCAGGUGAGAGACCCAUAGCCCUGUCUCAGAUGCCUGCAGAGAAGGCCACCAUCUCUCCCUGCAAGGGGAGUGCUGGAGUUGGCCAGGAAAGCGCUUUGGGAGUGGAGGCCUUUGAAAGGCCAACACAAGAGAUUGCCCCAGUGGCAGAGUCUAGUCCCAAGGCAGAGGCAGCCAUGAGAGCUGCAUACCAGGAAAUCAAGCAGCCAGCUCAGGAGCACAGUGAGAUGCUCGGUCCCCAGCAGAGCCUGCAUCCAGGUGGCACCCUGCAGCAUCUCAACAUGCAGGACAAGGAUGGGCCAAAAGAUAAUUUUAGGGGACUGGAUCAUACGGGGUACAGGUCAGUGGAAGUGUGUCCCUGGGAAGAAGAGGACAAGCUGAUCAGUGGAAAUGCCCAGAUCUGUCCCUGGGAAGCAACUGAGAGAAUCCCUGAGAAAGGUGGGCCCAGGGUAUAUGGAAAAUGGGAAUCAGGUGAAGCUCCAGAAAAACCACAGCCCAGACUCUUGGCAAUUCAGGAAAAGCCAGAAAAGCUCCAGGCAGUAGGGAAGCAGGAGGCUGUGGAGGCCCCGGACAUUCAAGAUUGGGGGAAUCUGUCUCCACCACCUUCUUCACAUGAUUAUGAAACUGUAGGCAGUGUGAGGACCAGGGCAGCACAGGGGUGUCCUUGGGAAGCAGAGGAGGUUCCCUUUACUGAAAAAGUAGAAGUGGGCCCUUUGGAGGAGAGGAGAGGAGCAGAGAGUAGCCAACUAGAAGUUAAGGCAGGUGGAGUAUCCCCAGGACCAGGAGAAACAUCCCUGCAAAAGGCAGCAGCAUCUAAAGAGACUGGGGAAUGCUUUCCAGAACAAGCAGCAAAACUCAGCAAAGAGCAGCAGGGUGCCUGCCCUUGGGAAGGGGGACCCAUGCUGGAGCCACAUGCUCAGGACACUGACCAACUGGAAGUCAGCCCUGACCCAGCAAGGAGCCUGGAGAGCAAGAUGGCAGAACCAUGUCAAUGGGAAAUCACUGACCCGGAAGGAAACCAAGUGAGGGGCAGCAUGGUGGACAUCUGUCCUUGGGAAGGAGCUGAGACCUCUCAGGCCGAACCUGACCUCCUGGCCUUCGCAGCAACUCCCACAGAAAUAUUGCCCCUGCCAGCCCCUGAGAAUCCACUCUGCCUCUUGGUCCAUCAGCCUCCAAGCAGCUCCCUAAAAAGCAAGAGCUCCUUCCCCAGAGGGAGCAAGCCAGCUAGUACUAACACUGUGCAAGAGUGAAUAGAAUGCCCAGGCCCUUCAGAACUUGAGCCAAAGACCAGCUCAGCUUCACAGCUAAUGCCCCAAGAGUGUCAGGCUCCCAAGCCUCCCCUCUUACCUGGAGACCAAGGAGAAGCUUCUAAAUGUCAACAUGAAUCCAAAUCUCCUUGUGAAUGA